CUUUGGCUUCUCGGCUACUGAUCGGAGGAGGCAACAUGAAUGACUCGACCAACUCCUCCAGCGAUGGCUUGGCUCUGAGCAGCCCCUAUAAGACAUUUGAAGUGGUGUUUAUCGUCCUCGUGGCCGGGUCCCUCAGUUUGGUGACCAUCAUCGGGAACAUCCUGGUCAUGGUGUCCAUUAAAGUCAACCGCCACCUGCAGACCGUCAACAAUUACUUUCUGUUCAGCCUGGCCUGCGCCGACCUCAUCAUCGGCGUCUUCUCCAUGAACCUGUACACGCUCUACACGGUGAUCGGCUACUGGCCCUUGGGGCCCGUGGUGUGCGACCUGUGGCUCGCCCUGGACUAUGUGGUCAGCAACGCCUCGGUGAUGAACCUGCUCAUCAUCAGCUUCGACAGGUACUUCUGCGUCACCAAACCGCUCACCUACCCUGUCAGGCGGACCACGAAAAUGGCCGGGAUGAUGAUCGCGGCCGCCUGGGUCCUGUCCUUCAUCCUCUGGGCUCCGGCCAUCCUCUUCUGGCAGUUCAUUGUGGGCGUGAGGACCGUGAAGGACGGCGAGUGCUACAUCCAGUUUUUUUCCAACGCCGCUGUCACCUUCGGCACGGCCAUCGCCGCCUUCUACUUGCCGGUGAUCAUCAUGACCGUGCUCUACUGGCACAUAUCCCGAGCCAGCAAGAGCAGGAUCAAGAAGGACAGAAAGGAGCCUGCGGCCAACCAGGAUCCGGUGUCCCCGAGCCUGGUCCAAGGGCGGAUCGUGAAGCCCAACAACAACAACACUCCGGGCAGCGACGAUGGCCUGGGGCACAGCAAAAUGCAGAACGGCAAAGCCCCCCGGGAUGCCGUGACUGACAACUGUGUCCCCGCCGACGACAAGGAAAGCUCCAAUGACUCCACCUCCGUCAGCGCCGUCGCCUCCAACAUGAGAGAGGACGAGGUGACCCAGGAUGAAAACACAGUGUCUACUUCCCUGGGCUAUUCCAAAGAGGAGAGCUCCAAGCAGACUUGCAUCAAAAUCGUCACCAAGGCCCAGAAAGGUGACUCAUGCGCCCCGACGAAUACCACCGUGGAGCUGGUUGGUCCCCCGGGUCAGAAUGGAGAUGAAAAACAGAACACUGUGGCCCGCAAGAUUGUCAAGAUGACUAAGCAGCCUGCAAAGAAGAAGCCCCCCCCUUCCCGGGAAAAGAAAGUGACCAGGACGAUCUUGGCCAUCCUGUUGGCUUUCAUCAUCACGUGGGCCCCCUACAACGUCAUGGUGCUUAUUAACACCUUCUGCGCGCCCUGCAUCCCCAACACCGUGUGGACCAUCGGCUACUGGCUCUGUUACAUCAACAGCACCAUCAACCCCGCCUGCUAUGCCCUCUGCAACGCCACCUUCAAGAAGACCUUUAAACACCUCCUCAUGUGUCACUACAAGAACAUAGGCGCCACAAGGUAAAAACGUCUUCGGGGCGAAGGAAGGUAGUCAAGGGGAGCCUGGGAAGAAGAGGGGGAACAGAGCUAGUUUGCAAAAUCUCUGCCAUUGCACUUUAUAGUCUUAUUGUGGAUGUGCAAUUAAGGAGCCCGGCAGUGACACUCCUGUUGUGCCUGUGCUCCAGUUGGAGAAACUUGCACCUUAUGAGCCCUGCCAGUGGAGGAGCCAUGAGGCCAUGAAGGCGACACGUUGGAAUUGUGGAUUUCAGGAAGGCUCUGCGACUCCUCAGUCUCCUAAAGAAGGGCUUCUGAAUCUACAAUUUUAUCAGUCUCUGCACAAGGAUAACCUUGCUCCUUUUAUUUUUUUGUUCCCACGUGUUCAUAUAAGGAUGAAAGGCCACAAUUACAAGUUAACGUGGAGACUUAAACACAAAAAGUAGACAUUAUACAACGGGGAAGCAAAGAGAGGAAAUCAAAGAGGGUGUAGAAACGAUCUCCAAAAUGCUAAGCAUAUAUUCUUCUGUUAUGGUUUCACUUGGAGAACUGCAAUGUAAUAAAUCCUUAUUUUUUUACCUUUCCCCUUUCCUACCAUCAAAAGAAAGCAAAGAAAAAACCCAACUAGAUCACAUCAUUAUUUUUCUCGCUAUGGCAUUUGUUUUUGUAUUCUUCUACACUGAGUAAGGGCAUAUUAUGGAGGACUUUCACCAAAUCCAACCAGAGACAGCCAUGAAAAGGGGCCUUUCACCCCUGACCACUGUGUCCUCUGCAUUCUCCAGGGGUAUAAAAGCCUAUAACGAUGUAAUGUAGUUAUGCUACUUUAUGGGAAAUGGUUUCACUAAUCUGGUUUUCUCCCAAACUAGUCUCUUAUUUUAGUAGAAUAGCCUCCCUAAUAUAUAAACAUGCUUGAGAAGCAAAAUCAUUUUUUUAAAUUGAGGUUUUGAUUAUUUAAUCAAGUUAAAUAAUGGUCAUGCCAGUUGGAGAAAGCUUACUGAGGUCAGACAGAUUUUGAAAUAAGAAAGUGGGUGGUUGAAAGGGCAUCUGUUUCAACCUGAAUCUACCUGACCCACGUGUGAAAUGCUAACUUGGAAAACAUGAACUCCUGGACUUUGUCAGCAGAAAGACAAUGCUGUUUUUUUCAUUUGGGAUUCUCAACAGGAUUAACGUACUCACGUGGCACCGGUGACUUCUGGGUCAGUCCCAAGAGGCUAAGCCCUUCCCCUCAAUGCCUCUGAGAGCCAAUAUUCAGUUUAUAGUCACACGAGGCUGUUUAUAACCAUCCUAUGAUCUAAUGGAGGAAAAAAAUGCCUAAUUCAAAAACAUUUACUAAAACCACAUAUUCCAUAUUCCUUAAAUUGUCAAUUCUCCCUAAAUUAUUUUUAACUAACAUUCUAUCAAUAGAUGUGCAGCAAUCUUUGUGACAGACAUGUCGUGGAUAACUUAAACAGAGGUCAGGUGGGCCCAGCAGAAUUCAGGAGAAUGUCGGUGGCUGUACCUGGGUCACAUCUCUUAUUUCUUUAAUCCUACACAUAAAAAAGUCAUGUCAGGAAGUUAUACUCAAAUAGUGGCUCUAAAGAAUCUUGUCCAUGUAGAGACUUUAUUUGGGACCCCAAAGAAAUAUAUGAUUAUAUUGUUUAUAUUUAACUAGUUAUUUUUAUUCUUCGUUUAUCUUAACUAUAUUUGCUAUAGCCUUCCAAUCAGAUUUUCUAAAGACGGCCCAAUCAAUAGAAAUAAAAGUUAUAAAAGCCUUUUCAAAUUUCAUAUUUUGCCUUUUAAGUUUAUGGUCUUCAUCUUGACCAGUAUUAUCUAUGUGAGGUGCAUGAUGAAUUUGUCAGUGUUAGACAUUAGCACUUUAAUUAGUUAUUUUGUGUAACUUGCCUCAUUGAUGGCAUCUCAACAAUUUUGAGAAUUAAACAAAAGCACAAUGUAAGCAACAACAACAAAAAGAACAGGAAAGAACAAAUUGCCAACAGUAUUUGGACCUAACUCACCCUUUAUAAAAAUAGCCUCCUGCUUGAAUAACUUCAGGCAUUUCCCCCCUAUAUCUUCCAUGUGUAAACACACAGCAUCAGUUCAGACAGAUUCCUUUACACUACAAUUACAUCAAUGCAAACGUUUACAUUUUAAAGCCAUGUUUAUUUUAUUUUAUUUCUUCAAAUCAACCAAUGAACUGAGGGAAGGAACAUCAAGCCAAUGACGUGUUUGGUUCCCUAUAAACAACAAUUGGCGGGCUGAAUAUUUCACUUAUUAGCUUGUGCUAUUAUGAUGUAGAUUCAGCUUUAGUCGAAUGAACUCUUUGGAUCCAAGGAUUGAGGAUUCCAGAGCCAGGUCUCUUGUACACAACAAUCCAACUCACUUUAAGUCAAAUGGCCUGUUACUCUACAUUGUCAUUGCAUCCUUCCCUUGGUUCCUUUUAUUUCUGACCUUCGCUAUGGCCACCACCUGUUAUUGAAAGAGAAACCAUCAAGGAUUAAGGAAAGGAAUUGAAGGUAGACUGACACGUCGUGGAAGCUUUGUCAAAUGGGAUCAAAAAAUGGAAAGAAUACUGAAAUUAUAGAUGAUUAGAAAGAUUCUGAGACUGUGUUCAAAGGUUUGCAUUAACUACUGCUGCAUUUGUCUAUUUCAGUGGCUGUCCACCAGGGAUGAUUUUGCCCCCCCAGGGGACAUUUAACAAUGUAUGGAGACAUUUUUGGUUGUCACAUUUGGGGGAAGAGCUAUUGGCAUCUAGUGGCUAGAGGCCAGAGAUGCUGCUAAACAGCUUAGAAUGCUCAGGAUGGCCCCCUCCCCCGCUAAAAAUUAUCUGGCUCAAAAUGUCAAUAGUGUAGAACUUGAGAAACCCUGGUCUGUUUCAAGGGAUUCUAGAGCUUGCUUUGUAUAAGUGGGAAAAUAAUCCUGUAUCACUAUUAAUAUACCAAUGUAAACUGCUCACCUGUUUGAUAAAGGCAAUGCUCACCAAUCAUAUAUCAGACACACUGUCAUCCAUUGAGUCUGGUGUAUUUGUAAUUCAUAGACUGGGAACACAGGCCCCAUCUCCAUACCCAGAAUCACCAGACCAGGCACAUAGCACACUGCUUCCAACAUCUUAAUGUCCCAUUAGGUUGCCACCGAGUCCAGUCCAUUGAGAUUUCAGUAGCUGGCCAUUGAUGUGGCCAGUUUCUGUUGGAGCUGACAUUUGUCCUUUCAAAAACAUCAAGAGCCUCUUUCAGAAACAGUAUGAUUCACCUCCUUUGUUUUCACUGGAAAGGUAAAUAUCUGUCAAGAGGUUCUUCUCAUAGCAAUAAUGUAAAUAUCACAGAGUGGUCUUACAGGAAGAGGAGAUUAAAAACGUGAGAAAGCCAGGUCAUUUCUUGAAAACAGAAGUGAUUACCCUUUUACCGGUUCAUCAUUCAUUUAAUGGCAGACCCCAAAUGUUAGGACAAUAUAUAAUAAGUCAUUUUACAUUUGCCCAAACCCAUAGAAUGUACAACAGCAAGAAGGAGCCCUAAUGUCAACUGUGGAUGUUGGGUGAAAAAAUGUGUCAGCGUAGAUUCAGCCACUAUAGCAAACGUAGCGCUCUGGUGUAGGUUGUUGACAGUGGGAGAGGCAGAGAGUAUACAGAAACUCUCUGUACCUUUUGCUCAAUUUUGAUGUGAACUUAAAACUGCUCUCAAAAAUAAAAUAUUUCAGAAACUAAAAAUAAGAAGUAAAAAUCUAAAAAAAAAUCAUAAGUCACGAGAUUAGCUUUCCAGUGCUGAUGUGGAAGCUGGAGGUCCGUCCCACAUACUCUAGCUCUUUGCCCAUUCACUGCUUUUUUGAUCCUGAAGAUCUGACAUUGGGGGAGAUGGUAGUUCAAACUGAUGACAACAUCCACGUAGAGAUGCAAUCUACUUUUAUUUUCUCUUACUUAGUUCAUUGAUAGCUGCCUUUUCUCCAGUUUGCUAAGAUCCCUUUCAACAACCACGGCACUGGUGUUGCCAAUAGAUUAGGGAAGCACCCAAAGCCGGAUGACUCGUGCAAAGUGUAUUUUCAGCAUGUACAUACAAUACCAUGCCUCUCCAAUAUGCUUCUCCUGAAAGGGUGCACGCCGCAGCAUGAACUGUGUGCAUAUUUAAUGUAUCCUCCUGGAAUACGCUGUAUGCUUAAUAUACAUGUUCUAUAAAUAAAGUAAUGAAAUGU